AUGACGUCAGACAAAGUAACAGACAUCGAAGACGUGGUCAAAACCUGGACGGCAGAUUAUGUCCAAAAGUUCUCGGACAAAGAUGUAAGAAAAUUAGCGGACCUUGACGACAUCUUGUCAACCGACAUCAAUUUAAAGCGUCUGAGGGUGGUUCAUGAGAAACCUCGAUAUAAAACGGAAGGUCCGUGUGGUGAAUUGCCGUCUGGAUACGUACUUUUUAAAACGUCCUUCACCAACAACACCGAAAAGGAACAAGAAAAUAUACUAAAGACUGAAAGAAGAACGCGUUCCAGUUGUUCUAUCUCCAUCGAGAAAGGAUUCACGAUCGGAGGCUCAAUAGGAGUGAAUCUUUCGCCUCCAAAUCCCGUGAUACAAGCUAACGCGGGAUUCAGUCGAGAGCUGUCGCUCAACAGAAUGGAGGAACAUACUCUAGAAGAGGAACUAGUGUGGACUGUUGAUACGAAAAUUACCAUCCCCCCACAGACCGAAACAACGGCUGAGUUGAUAAUCAAAGAAGAAGAGUAUAACGGACAUUUUGUCGUGGAAACCAAAUUUGAAGGUCAGAUUCAGGUUACUGUACGAAACAAAAAGGACAGAAAUAAUGUUUUGACGAUCAUCACGGGAAAUGUCAACGACAUUUUAACUCCACAGUACGGAUUUUAUACCAAAUCUGACAACAAGAAAUUGGUAUGCUUCGCAACAGAAGGAAUGUGUCGAUGUCGAUACGGCAUCCAGCAGACAGUCACUCUAAAACAGAAAGCUUUGGAUUUGGAGAAAUCUUAA